ACCACGUUUGUAUCUGUAUCUGUUGAUAUAUAUAAACCGAUGUUUAUUGGGUUGUGUUCAAUUCCUCCAUAGCAACACUUUUUCUUUUUAACACCGCUCUUUUUUCAUCUUUUUCUGGUACAAGAUUUUUCUUUUCUUCUGACCCCUUUCCAGUGAGAGAGAGAGAGAUAGUCCCAGUCUCCUUAUAAAUUGAACCUCUUCACACCCAUACUUAUCUGUUCAUCAUCAUAAUUGGGCAGUUUGUUUGAUGGAGAAUACCUCUGGGUUUAGUGGCGUUGAAGAAGAAAUGGAGCUGCAUAUGCCUCCUGGGUUCAGAUUCCAUCCCACAGACGAAGAGCUCAUCAGCCAUUACUUGUGCCCCAAGGUUGCAGAUAGCAGGUUUUCUGCAGCUGCCAUGGGUGAAGUGGAUUUGAACAAGGUUGAGCCCUGGGAUUUGCCCUGGAGGGCGAAAAUGGGGGAGAAAGAAUGGUAUUUCUUCUGUGUGAGAGACCGGAAGUAUCCGACCGGGCAGAGAACUAACAGAGCGACGGAAGCAGGGUAUUGGAAGGCGACCGGAAAAGAUAGAGAGAUUUUCAGGGCGAAGACGCUGGUGGGGAUGAAGAAGACGCUGGUUUUCUACAAGGGAAGAGCGCCCAAAGGCCAGAAGACCAAUUGGGUUAUGCAUGAAUAUAGAUUGGAGGGGAACUAUUCCAUCCCAAACCACAAGAACGAAUGGGUGAUCUGCAGAGUGUUCAAGAAGACUUCCGGCGGCCACAAGAUCCAUAUUUCCGGGCUCACCAGGGGGGAGGGUCUGCCGGCGUUAAUGGAAGUAUCUGCAACUUCCGGCGAGGCGAUGCCGCACGUGACCUGCUUCUCCGGCUCCAAGGAGGACAAAAAACCCAUCGCUCCCCAUUUCUCUUCAUCGAAAAACUCAGAUUUCUCCGGCGUCUUCCCCAGCCUGGAAUUUCAGCACUACUCUGAACCGGACGACCACUCGGUUCUGCGCCUCUGGCUGGAGAACAACGGGCUGCAAGCGAAGCAGGAUAAUGAUGACGAUGAGUUCUUGAUGAGCUCAGAAGCCGGUCCGGUGGACCUGGAUUGUCUCUGGAAUUAUUGAAUCUGAAAAAGACAGAUUGAGAGAGCAGUGAUUUAAUGGUUGAAGAUGCAGAAGAAGAAGCAUGUGGAUAGAUAGAAUUAUAGAAAGAAAGAAAGAACAGAGGAAUGACAUAGAGUGAUUGUGUGAUCAUCAGUCCAUCAUCAUAUUGAUAUUGCUGCAAAUAAUUUUUCUUUAUGUUAUAUUUUCAUUAAUUAAGACAUGGCUGUGUUGUAUUGUAUAUAUUUCUUGGGAAACUAAUUGCUCUGAUAAUACAAAAAUAUCAAUGUUUGAUUUGA